AUGUUCGGUUUGAAAGUUCUUCUGGCUUUGAUCGGUGCUCUCGCCUUGUUCGGUGGAGCUGUCGAAGCUCGUCGGUACUUCGACUCCUACGACGAUGACUGGUAAGGUUUACUGUAACUUCGGAAUUAUUUUGAGUUCUGAUCCCAUUGAAAUACAAAUCUUUUCGUUAGCUUUGGCCCUUUAACCCCUUUAGAGUGGCUAGUCUAUCUUAUAUUAUAUUAGGCGGCCAAGAACCGCUCGGGCCGCACCUCCAAUGAGUGCGGCCGUUCGACGGCGAUUCGUCGCCGAACUGGUCGACAUCGACCCUGACGCUUCAUCGGAAUCUACCAAAACAUCUUCCGACCAAUCUUCGUUAUCGUCGCGACAAGAAGAUGAUUCUUCUUCAGGCUUAAGACAACGAGAAGGAGGUCGCUUCGUUUUGGUUGAUGAAGUCGGUGAACGAUACCGUAACCCUGAACCACAAGUGGUUCUAGUACAACGACCAGAAGAAUCCUACGCAGAGCGACCUCCUGUCUACCCUGAGCCUACUAGGACAAUAUUUGUUCGACCAACUCCCCCACCCCCGCCACCACCACAGCCUGAAUAUAAAUUUGUUGUCGAAAGGCCAAAGGUUCGCGUCGUAGACGACGGAAGCUACCGAACUGCUCCACCACGAUUCGCAACGGUUAAUGUGGGCCCCAGCGACUACGAAGACUACCCUUACGAAUCCAGAAUCCCCAGAUUCAGACCGAAAAACGCCCUUUCCUCUCGCAAUUUCUUGAUAAUACCAUGA